UCUAAACAAGGCAAGCGGAUGCUCACGGGUAAACAGCCUUUUCUGGGUCUGACUCCUACAAAGAUGCCCGGAUGGAUGAUAGGCUGGGGACCCGGGCCCGUCUUCACGCUGCUGGACAGCGAGUUGCGGCAUCUGGGCUCCGCGGACGACGCCCUGGACAUUCGCCUGUGUGAGCCGGCGGAGCACUCCUGGGAGCUUGUCACUGCGGGUCAUGGGAACGUGUGUGUGUGGUCCGUGUUGCUCCUGAGGUGCAAGGUGAGGAUACAGCAAGGGCUGCAGCAGCACAGAGAAUACACUCACUUGGCACUGGCUCCUCCGCUCAGGGACAGGCCUCACAGAGCCUAUGUUGCAGCCGGGAGGUUCGUGACUGUGGUCGACCUCGACGGUGCCAUGGUUUUGGACCACAAGUGGGAUCUUUGUGAAAGCGACAUCACGGCAAUGGUGUUCUGCGUCCAGCUCGACUGUUUGAUCAUCGCUUCCAAAGAUCUGUCCAUAACAGCCUGGGGUCUUGACUGGGUUCCACGCGUGACUUUUAUAGGUCAUAAUGGCGUGGUGAAUUCGCUGCACUACUGCACCAAAGCAAACCUGCUGAUAUCGUGCGCUGGGGAUUGCACCAUCCGUAGCUGGGAUGUGGAGAACUGCAAGGCGGUCGACUGUGUCCACACACAGCAAGAGAACCCUCCGCUGUGUUUGGGUGGCAAAAGGAACGGACACCCGUUUUUCUCUUUUUCGGCCAAGGGCGUGGAUCUUUGGAUUCUAACUUCUUGGUACACCCUCCACUCUAGGUUUAAAGGGGACGAAGGCGCCCCACUGACACAAAUCCUAGUGUUGCAUUCCCCUCCUCACUACCCAACUCGAGUCGUGUGUGUCAGCGCAGACAGCCAUGUCCGCCUCGUUUCUGCCAGAACAGGAGAUGUGCUGACUUCCUUCAAAGCAGAAGACAAGAUUUUAUGUGCCGCCUACUGCCUCCACAAAGAGCUUCUGCUGGCGUUGACCGAGGAAGGCACCGUGCUGCAGGCCAGCACGCUCACUAAUCCAGCCGCUUUGAUACACACAUGGAAAGGUAGGGGCCAGGGCCCCUGGCUGACCACAGACACCGUGUCUCAAAGGAUUGCCCAGAAUCUGCCUGCGCCUGGCCCGGCCCGUUGCUUGGCGCUUUACAGCUCCAUGACAGACCCUCUGAGAGCUUUAAAGGAGUGGAAGAGUUUACAGGAGCAGGGAGACCACAGCCAGACGAACGACAGAUGUGUUGAUCAUUUAAAAAACAAAUUUUGGAUUAUCAUUGGCCAAACUGGCGGCUGUGUGAGUGUUCUCACAUUGGACAAUGGAAAGGUUCUGCAAAGAUACCAUGCUCAUAACAGCCAGACUGUCACAGCGCUGCAGGUGUACCCGGAGAACAACUGCCUCCUCUCCUCAGGUGAGGACUUCACGGUGGUUGUGUGGACAGUUCACCCCAACCCUGCCGUGUGUCUCACCCGACAACGGACGGUGGACUGUAGCCCGCCAGAGCUCUACCUGGCAGCGGUGGACCUUCAGCUGGCCCUGACGUUUCAAGAACCUCACAGCGGUUCCUACGGCCUACAGCUCUUUGAUCUGCAGAGCACGAAAAAAGAAGAUUUCCGUCAUAAAAAUGCGCACUCUGCCCCCCUUACAGGAGUUUGUGUGGUACCCGGACCGAACGUGUUUGUUUCCAGCAGUUUGGAUAAGACGGUGCGCAUCUGGAACAAGAGGAAUAAGCUUAUCUGGAUGCAACAGCUUCUGGAAGCACCUGAGUGCAUAGCAUACGGUGGAAACGGUCAACUAUUUCUGGGCAUCAAUGGGGACCUGUACAAGAUGGAGUUUGCCCAGUUUCUACCAGAUAAAUACAAACAAACGCUUCUUUACAACAGUUUCGAAGAUCCUCUUUCUGCCUUGCCCAUUCCCAAGAUUAAAGAAACCCACGACCAAACAGACUCUUCAAAUUAUAGAACAGAAAAACUGCUGAAAGCCAUCAACAGCAACCAGGUGACAAGGAUAGACGUGCAACAUGAUGAGGAGCGGUUGUUGAUCAUAGACUUGGACCUGAAGGCUCUGAUACAGGAAACUGUCAAUUGCACAAAAAGGAAGCCUCCCAGUACAAAACUAACCAGGAAAAGGGCCUUCGACCGCUACAUGUAUAAACUAUAUGGCUUGCCGCCUUCUGCAGAGAUUUGUGAAGAAGAGGAUUUGGGUGAAUUUUCGUUUAAGACUAAACCACACAUCAGCCGACGCCGUUACGUUCCGAAGUUAAAAGAAGACCCGCUUCCUCCGCCUAAACAGGACGUUCCUGUGAAGAAGACCAAAAAGGCUCCAGUGAAGGUAAAAGAGAUUCCAGCACCAGUUCAGAAGGUCAUACGGAAGAAACAAGUCAAAGAGGAGAAAGCAAAAGAGCCUGAAGAGAUCGUCGUUCCAGUGGAGGAACCCCAACCCAGACUCCCAACUCCUCCUCCCAAGGACCCAUCACCACCCCCACAGCGGGAACCCUCCCCCGAAUUUCCAGCGUUCCUGAAACAGUUUGUAGAGACGCAAUGGUUUCCUGAUUUGUAUCCUGACAAAAAGAGCAUCCCAUGCAGCUUGUCUCCUGAGGACUUCUCCAUGCAGCUACUGAGUUACGUGCAAAACAGCAGCAGCACAGGAGACAUCAAGAUCCUCGAAGCAGUUCGAGCACUGCAGAUCCUGCAAAGCCAGAUCUUCUUAAAUACCACGGAUGAUCUUUACACAGGGGUCACCGACGCUUUGGAGAAAUUCAUACGACCAGAAAUGGCACACCUCGAUCGCAUAGUGAUAGUUGAGAUGUUACAUCUGCUGGUGUAUUUGAAAUCUGCAAUCAGUUACGAUCUUGUGAAAAAACUUCUAACUAUUCUGGCAUAUAAAGAGCUGGAGCUCCAGGUACCAGUACUGCGUCUGCUCGCAGCAUUAGGCGUGACUCAGGCAGAGCAGUGGCUGUACCCCGAGGUAGAGGCGUGGGAAGUGGAGCUGGAGAUGGAGCCUAACAAGUGGGAGAGACUUCACGACAAAGCACAUUGCUGGAUGGAGUCGUGGAUCUCAAAACUGAAGGAAUAUAACCGGUAUCUGUACAUGAGGAGUGAAGUGAAGUGGAAACCCCGGAGCUUCAGCGGAGUGGAGGUCCUGAAGUUCUUCUGUCUGGUGCAAAAAGAAGAGAGCAGAAAAGUCUCCUUUGUUCCACCUGCUGGCCAAAAAUACAAAGUGCUCUUGCCUCAGCAAAACUGCAGUUUCAAACCAAUUCUUCGUCUUGGAGAGAUGUACACCAUGGCCAGGAGACGGAAAUUAAGGGGUGUUCUUUUGCCUCCCUUGCAUAAACGACCCUACCUCAUGCACUUUCCCAGUUUCAUCACUCUGCCUCUAUCUCGUGUCAACCUGCGUCCGUUUCACACAAACUCAUACGAGCGCUUGAUGAGGCUCCCGACCCGCAGCUACUUCAUCCCCGAGCAGUCUACCGCCGAGUACUACAGGCGACGACUCGAAGACGAGCCGGUCACAGUCCCACCAACACCCGAGGAGCCCAGCACCACAGACGAUUCUGAAAUUAUAUGAAAUUAAAUAAAACGUGUUUAUUGUCCAGCAGCACCUUGGUGAGCUGGUUGAUGUAGUCGGGCUGGAGUAUGGCAGCACAUACAAAUCAGAAAUGAUAAACACUGUUUACGUUUCCACUUCUCAUCUUUAAGAUGGAUUAUUUUUUUAGAGUAUGCAUAUAAUAAAACAUUUUCCAUGUAAAAUGAAACCUGGUAAUGUAAAAAAAAAAAUCUCGUGUCAAAUCUACAGACUGCAGUCAAUACACCUUAGUGUUUGCUUUUUUAAAUAUUUUAAGUGUUUAUAUAAAGACCAGAUAAUACAUUUGUUUAAAAUCAUUCUCAUUUGUACAUUUUUGGUGAAACACUGCUUUCCAAUACGAAACGUCUUGCAUCAUAAUGCAAAUGUAGAACAAUUCUUUACCUAAACUGCCUAUUUAAUAAGAACAAUAAAAGUAAGUGAGCUUGCGGGUAAAACGUCCCUGCUGUAAAUUCUACAUUCUUCUUUUUUAAGAGAAUGUAUUAAUAAUAUGUUUUGAUCCAGGUGAAAAGAAAAGCUGAGCACAGUAUUUAUUUAAAAAUUGCUUUGUACAAAAUGUACAAAAUUUGUAUCUAAUUAUUUUUUUUAUUUUUAUUUUUUUGCAGCAUAACAGGUAGAAAUAAUUGUGCUGAAAGUAAAAGGUGAAAGUCCACACCUAAAUGGGACAGCACUUGGCAUCUUGCUAGAACUAAUUCUAUCUUUCACAAGUUGUGCUUUUUACACUAUUUCAAAAUAUAAAUUAUGUUUUAUUAUUUAUUUUUCAAUAAAUAG